GGAAGUAGAAGGAAGAGGCGUUGCCAUGGCGGCGUCUCUAGGGCAGGUGCUAGCUCUCGUACUGGUGGCUGCUCUGUGGGGCGGCACUCAGCCAUUGCUGAAGCGGGCCUCUGCAGGCCUGCAGCAGGUUCGUGAGCCAACCUGGGCCUGGCAGUUGCUGCAGGAGAUGAAGACUCUCUUCUUGAAUAUUGAGUACCUGAUGCCCUUUGUCCUCAACCAGUGUGGCUCCCUUCUCUACUACCUCACCUUGGCAUCAACAGAUCUGACCUUAGCUGUGCCUAUCUGUAACUCUCUGGCCAUUGUCUUCACACUGAUUGUUGGCAAGGUCCUUGGAGAAGAUGUUGGUGGAAAAGGAGCAGUUGCUGGCAUGGUGCUCACUGUGACAGGAAUUACACUUUGCAUCACAAGCUCAGUGAGCAAGACCCAGGGGAAACUGUCUACCCUUCAACUAGAUUGACUCCUACCUCCAGCUCUGCUAUCUUCAGGAACCCCCUCGCCUGUGAGGUGCCUACAGCAAAUACAUGGACCUAGCACUUCCCUCUUUGAAGGGACAAUAGCUACCUCGUGGAUCACAAGAAGAGAACAAGAAUGAAAGGUUUUUAUAACCUUCAAAUGGUGUUCUGCUGCUGGGAUUUGCACAGGAGACUUUAUGCUCACUCUCAGCAACCUUCACACUCAGCAGCUUUCUUCUGUUGUCAUCUCAGGCACCCAGCCCAGCCAUCGUGACCAUGGCCUGAUCUGGACUAUCAGGGCAGCAGGUCCAAUAGACUGUAGAACCUCAGCUGCCUAGAAAGGGCCAGCGGCAGUCUUUGAACCAGAAAUGCAAACUGGAGGCCUCUAGGGCAGGUGUCCUCAAACUGUGGCCCACGGGCCACAUGAAGCAGUGUGAACUGUAUUUGUUCCCAUUUUGUUUUUUAC